CAGAAAUUAAUGGCCAUGAGUUCGUAUAUGGUGAACUCUAAGUAUGUGGAUCCCAAAUUUCCUCCUUGCGAGGAAUAUUUGCAGAAUAGCUACCUAGGCGAGCAGGGGGCCGAGUACUACAGUGCCUCGCAGGGCUCUGAUUUCCAGCACCAGGGACUCUACUCACGGUCAAACUACAGCGAGCAGCCCUUUAGCUGUAGCAAUGCCCAAGGCUCUGCCGUGCAGCCGCGGGGUCAUGGACAGGAGCAAUCCGGCCCGGCAAGCCACUUCCCCGGCCAAGCAGAGCAUUGUCCACCGCCUCCAAUGCCCAACUCGCGAGCCUGCAGCCAGCAGCCGGCCCUCAAACCCCCAAACGGGUCAGCAGUUAAGCAGCCAGCAGUAGUUUAUCCCUGGAUGAAGAAAGUCCAUGUUAACUCGGUGAAUCCCAAUUACAACGGAGGGGAACCUAAACGCUCCCGCACAGCUUACACCAGACAGCAAGUCCUAGAACUGGAAAAAGAAUUUCAUUUUAACAGGUACCUGACCAGGCGCCGCCGUAUCGAGAUAGCCCACACUUUGUGUCUCUCUGAGCGCCAGAUCAAGAUCUGGUUUCAGAACAGAAGAAUGAAGUGGAAAAAAGAUCACAAACUGCCCAACACGAAAGGCAGGUCUUCUUCCUCUGGUUCAAACCCCCAUUUACAGACUGGUUCCAAGGACCACCAGACUGACUUGACAACUUUGUAGAAGAGGUGAAAUUUUCCAUUUCAUCCUUUGCUUCUGACCAGUACUGUACAUAACUGACACUGCCCAAGCAGAACCUGCAUGUAGCAGCUAAGGACUCGAGAAAUUGUCAUCUUUCUUUAAGGUACUGUUGUACAAAGGAGACAAAAUGACGCUACUUUGGACUUUAUUUUAUUUGCCUCUGCUAGCACGACCUAAAAAAGAAAAAAAAAAGGGGGGGGAGAAAAAAAAAAAAAAAGAAACAUCAUGCAGGCAGUGGGAAUUGAGAAAAUAUUAAACGAGACCUUCUGUCCAUAAAAAGUAAUAAAUCAUUGAAAAUGAAACUGUCCUGUGUUUCAGUUUUGAAUUCGAAAGUGAAGGUUCGAUGCUUUAUUCUGGGAUUGUACUUUUAUUUGUCUUUAUCCCAUACAAUUUCUGGAGGAUGCAUUUGGGAAAGUUAAGGACAGGAAAUUUAUGGCAUAGUCUUUUAUUUGAACAUAAAGACUAGUAAUUGUGAACUUUUUGUGCUGCUUUACCGUUCUUGGUGUAAUGAAAAUACUUGCUCAUUUCCAUAAAGUCUCAGAAGGUGUGCAUAGGAAUUAAGUGAAAACGGGUUACUUUAUGUCCUGAUAGUGUUAGCGUAUUUAUUUAUUUGUUACGUAGAAGAGUG